AUGGCCCCUAAAUCAGGAGAAUUUUCGCUGGCCGACGACAAAGAUUCAUUAAAUAAUGAUAACUCAGCAAACGAGUCAGAAGAAAUUUGGUCUUCCAUUCUUCAAGGAGUUGCGUCCUCAAAAAUCGUUCCUACAAAGAGUUUGUUGAUUCUAGGUUCGUUGGUAUAUUCAAAGGUUCUAGAGGAAAGGGCGACAGAGAUUCCGGCAAAUCCACCCUCAUCAGACACCUUAAAG